AUGCAGUGUUGGACCGUUGGUAACUUUGCAAUGUUGGAGGGUUCUUGGGUGUCGGUGAUCCAAACAAACAUUGCGCGCGGUUACCACCCACAGUUUCACUCUCACCAGCCUUCCUCGCAGCUGUAUAUCCACUAUCCAGCCCCAUACAAGCCUCAGCUGUUUCAUCCAACUGAUGUGUGCCACUACAGAGAAGACAUGGCAGAAUCUCAGACUUGUCUCAGGGAGUUGAAGAACAAUCGAAAAGUUCAGAAUGUAGAGGCAACCUGCAAUAGCUGUAUUAUAAAAGUAAAAGGAAAGGAUGCCCUCACACAUCUCUUCUUUGGACCUCUGCAAUGUGCCAACUGUUUGUUUAGUAUGAACAACUGUCAGAGCUUUAGGAGGAAUUACCCAGCAGCUGGAAAGUGCCCAAAGACUAGAAGACCUCACUCUAUGACAAAAUGGGUAAAGCCUGUGUUGAAUUACCUCAAUUAUUGUGCCCGUAAAGAAAUUGUCAUCUCCAGUUCCUAUGACAGUAAUAAAUCUAGGAGUACUGAUAUAUUGAAUGAUAUAGCCACAUCAUAUCUGAGAUCACUGUUGCCUCUAAAGGACAUAAUGCCCUGGAGAUUAGCCUUUAGGGAUCCAUCAAUUCAAACAAUCAUGAGAACUAUGGUCUUAUUAUCUGAAUCUCAGGAAUCAGAAUCCCAAAAUAAGAUAAUGCAGCAGAGUCAGACAGAAAGUACCCAGAAAAUUAGCUCACAUUUGACUACCUCGGCAUCACUUGCAUUACCAAAAUUCAGUUCUCAGAAGAGAAAAGUAAUGCAAGAGAGAGACAAACAACAAAGUACACUACCAAAACAAGAGCACCUGAACAACCCUCUAGUCAUUGCUCAUGCUACAAGAACAUCACAAGAAAAGACUGAGGUAAGAGAGAAAGAGAGUAGCAAGAUCAAACACAAAGAUCUUCCACUAGUAACUCAAGCACCAAAGAUAUCAACGUCACAGGAAAACAAGACAAGGCAAAACAGUACAAAAGAUGCCAGCUGGGACAAUACCAUGGCUGACAGCAAACAGGUGGUAACGGAAAGAAUAUCAGAACUUAGUGUCAAGAAUUUUACUAGUGGUCUGUCUCUGAGUAAGAGAAAAGAAAAACCAAGAAAAGAAGGAAAGAAACCUUACUUGGAUGUUAUACCAAAAAAUGUGUUGCACUCCAUGAAUUAUCUGGUUGUACAGCUCUCACCACAGCUGUGUCUUGAAGAGUGUCCAAAUUGUUACUGUCCAUUCAAUGCUGAGAUGUGUUAUGUGAAUACCUCCACAUGUGUUUUAGACUUAUUGUGUGCUGACUGUGACCUUGCAGUGUAUAUAGUGCCAAAGGACCUUUAUGGUGAGCCAGAAUAGCAGUGCACCACCUGGCUUAGUGAACAUCAGUAACAUCAUUUUGAGUAAUUAUAGUUUGAAGAUGAUGAAGGUGGAGUAACAUAAUGCAGUUGUGAAUCGGUAAUGAUUAUCAUACAUCAAUGUAAUGGUUUUUCCUUAUAGUUUUUAGUGAUAUACACAUUUAUUAAAAAAAAAAUUUUAAUUGAAUAUACAAAAGAAAUAAGCCCAUUGUUUUGUGGUUACUCAACAUUAUAAAUAUUUUUUUUAAAAUUAUGCCAGCAUAUAAGCUUGCUAUGUUUAAGUAAUCAAAUAUAGAAGCUUUUACAGCCUCUGGCCUACACACAGAUUUCUAUGAAUUUAUAAGAAAAAUAAUUUUAUGCAAAAAUUCUUUGGUAUGAAAAGCAAAUUAAUCAUAUGUUGAAUGCAUAUGUUGAUAAUGACAAGAAGAAUAGCAUAAGAUGGAAGACAGUCAGGAUUGAUAAUUCAGGAAGUUGUCAUCCGAGUCAGUCUCUGUCUCCUCAGUAACUUCAUCCUGUUGUACUUAGUCUACAGUGGUUGCUGAUGAAUAUAUCCACAAAAAGGGCGGGUGAGCUUGUGUAAUAUACUUUGUGAGAUGUGUGACAUCCUGAAGUUUUUUUCUUUUGACACUCCUGUUCACUAUCAGAUUAUUUGCAUUGCCAUUGUUCUGUGUAUUUUCUCAGUUUAAAUCUAUAUAUACUCCACUUGCAAA